CUGUUUUUUCAAGCCGGAUGGCAUCGAUAAAGGGAAGGUAACAAGAGAAAGAGAAGAGCAUGAGCCUCAGCCCAAAAUUGCGUAAAAUUGUGUCAAAGGUUGAGGAUUCAAAGCAAGCUGCAACCACUGUGGGAUCCAAGAAGCCUGCGAAGAAGGAAGAUGGAGUUCUCACUUCAAUUCAGCCAAAAAAGCUCUUCGGAGAAAAAUCAGCUCCAGCAAAAAAACCCCUGAAACUUGGCAGGAUUGUUGCGAGCCGGUACAGUCAGAACCUCACUUCAAAAGAUGCCAGAAAGAGAUCUUUUCCGGAGAAUGAUAAGGAAAAGAGCAAUAGGUGUCGUGCAAAUGCUGUUGAUUCUUGCCAUACCGAGAAGAGUGAAAGCAGAGUGAAGAGGAGAUGGGAAAUUCCUUGUGGAGUGUUGGUUUUCAAUAAUGAAGUUGAAGCCGAAUACCCGUGUCCAGUCACUUAGGCCACCGAUGUUCUACCAAAGAUUAUGACAAUCAGGUGUGUUGUCGAGGUUCCCCGUGACUCUGGUCCGGCUAAAUGGGUGGCAGAGUUGGUGGGAGGAAAUCAUACUUCGGCAGUGAUGAAGAGGCAGAGGCCUCUGCUUUUCAGUUUCUAAGUUUUGUAGAGGAAGAAGAUGAAGAAGAAUGUUGAUUGGUUCGGAUUCUGGGGAAUGUUUUCAGCUGUGGAAUUAUGGGUUUCCGGGUUUGGAGCCAAAACACUUGUUAUGGGGUCUGAGAAUCGUUUUUCAUUUUCUGUCAGUUGACAUGUAAUUUCCGACUUGGAUUUUCUGUCUCUGUUCUGCAAUAUUAAGAAUGAUAAUUGUAUACUGUAUUCUGCCUUUGUGCUUUCCUGAUUCUUUUCUGUUGGAGAAAAUGUCAGUUACUUUCAACCCAAAUGCAAUAGAGUUUGAAAAGAGGAAAAGAUAACAUAGAUUUACACAGAAAUCAAACACUAUUGGGUAU